GUCGGACAACAGGCAACUAGCUAGUUAGCGGCUGUUGGAAACAAACAGAGCAAGUUUAAACGAUACUUUGGCCAACCUUGACUGUGUUUUGUCGGACUCAUAGCUGAACAACUCGUUUCCAGUUUCUAUAGUAUUCCGUGUUCAUAAAGAAGCUGAAGUUUCACCAGUGAAGAUGGGAGUGCCGAAAUUUUACCGCUGGAUUUCUGAACGCUAUCCUUGUCUCAGUGAAGUUGUCAAAGAACACAAGAUUCCAGAAUUUGACAAUCUUUAUCUGGACAUGAAUGGCAUCAUCCACCAGUGUUCUCACCCAAAUGACGAAGACGUCCACUUUCGUAUCUCUGAAGAGAAGAUUUUUGCGGAUAUCUUUCAUUACCUGGAGGUCCUGUUUCGGAUCAUCAAGCCACGCAAGGUCUUCUUCAUGGCUGUGGAUGGUGUGGCACCAAGGGCAAAGAUGAACCAACAGAGAGGGCGCAGAUUCAGGUCAGCCAAAGAAGCAGAGGAGAAGAUUAAGAAAGCCCUGGAGAAAGGAGAGGUGCUUCCUACAGAAGCUCGCUUCGACUCCAACUGCAUCACUCCUGGCACUGAUUUCAUGGCGAGACUGCAGGAGCAGCUCAAAUACUUUGUCCAUAAUAAGGUGUCAACUGACAAACUGUGGCAAAACGUCAAAGUCUUCUUGUCGGGUCAUGAGACACCAGGUGAAGGAGAACACAAGAUCAUGGAGUUUAUUCGUUCUGAGAACACCAAACCAAAUCAUGAUCCUAACACGCGACACUGCCUGUAUGGCCUAGAUGCUGACCUGAUCAUGUUGGGAUUAACCAGUCAUGAGCAUAAUUUCUCCCUGCUUAGAGAGGAGGUCCGUUUUGGAGGGAAAAAAUCCCAGAAAAGGAUAACAGCUCCAGAAGAGACGACAUUUCACCUGCUUCACCUGUCACUGAUGAGGGAGUACAUUGAUUACGAGUUCUCAGCGCUGAAGAAUCAUAUGGGCUCUGCUUAUGACCUGGAGCGGAUAAUAGACGACUGGAUAUUAAUGGGCUUUCUUGUAGGAAAUGAUUUCAUUCCUCACCUCCCUCAUCUUCACAUUAAUCAUGAUGCUUUGCCUUUGCUGUACAAAACUUACAUCAGCGUACUGCCAAGUCUAGGGGGUUACCUGAAUGAGAACGGCCAUUUAAACCUCAGAAACUUUGAGAAAUACAUGGAGAAGCUCUCUGAGUUUGACCGGGAGCACUUUAGUGAGGUGUUUGUGGACUUGAAGUGGUUCGAAAGUAAAGUCGGCAACAAAUAUCUGAACGAGUCUGCUGGCAUAGCAGCCGAGGAGGAAGCCGCUAGCCGAACUGGUGCAAAGGCAGAGAAGGACUCUUCCACCCAUCUUGGCGCCCUGGCAUCAUCUGAAAAUGUGACUGAACAAGAAAAAGGAGAACUGGCAGAUGAGGAGGAGGAAGAGGAUGAGAUGUUUGAAACAGAGUUCAGACAAUACAAACGCACAUAUUAUAUGACCAAGAUGGGGGUGGAUGUUGUGUCAGACGAGUUUCUAGCCAAGCAAGCCAAAUGUUAUGUGGAAGGCAUCCAGUGGAUUCUUCACUACUAUUAUCAUGGAGUUCAGUCAUGGAGCUGGUACUACCCUUAUCACUAUGCCCCGUUCCUGUCUGACAUCCGAAACAUUUCAGAAUUAGAGCUGACCUUUGACCUGGGAAAACCCUUCAUGCCUUUCCAGCAGCUAUUGGCUGUCCUGCCUGCUGCCAGCAAGGAACUGCUCCCUGAAAGCUACAGGGACUUGAUGACCAGCCCAAGCUCCCCCAUUAUUGAAUACUAUCCUCCUGACUUCAAAACUGACCUGAAUGGAAAGCAGCAGGAAUGGGAAGCUGUGGUGCUUAUUCCUUUCAUAGAUGAGACGUGCCUUCUAGCAGCUAUGGAGCCUUUCAGUGACAAGCUGACGAAGGAAGAAAAGGCCAGGAAUCGGCACUCAGAGUGUGCCAUGUACUCCUAUGACCCCGACAUGGACUUUACAUACACCUCCCCCCUGCCUCAGCUGUUUCCAAACAUCACUCAUUGUCAUGUCAGGGAAGUCCAGAUCCCCAUGGAUGCUUGGCAUGUAGCGUUAGACCACGUCAGUAAGCGUGUUGACCGCUCAGCUUUGUACUUCUGUGGUUUCCCCACUUUGCACCACAUCAAACACAAGUUUUAUAAGAAGAAGAGUGGAGUGGUGGUGUUUCAGCAGAGUAGCAGAGGGGAGAACAUGAUUCUGGACAUCCUUCCCAAUCAAGAUGGGGAAACGAUAUGUGAUCAUGUUGCUGCAGACGUUUUGGGGAAGUCAGUAUUUGUCAACUGGCCCCAUCUAGAGGAAGCACGCAUUAUUGCAGUAUCAGAUGGAGAAACUAGGUUUGCUUUAGAUGAACCUCCUGGGGUCCAACAAGUGUACGACCGGCCUUCCAGUCCUCCUCCUACUAAAGUUUCCUGUUUGUCUGACAAAGAGCAGAAGGAAUGGGUGAAGGAUGUCCAAGGAAUCACUGAACAUUUCUUCAAGAGGAAAGGCAUCGUAGUAAACGAGACAGACGUGCUUCUCUACGGUCAGAUGCUGACAGGAAGAAAAUAUGUCCCUAAAGCCAAUGGAGUGGUGGAACUGGAGAAACAGUGGGCCAAACAGGUUCUUCCUUUCGCCUUCCAGACUGUGGUUAAGGACAUCGAGGCAUUUUACUCAUCUCUGUCCAGUUUUAAGAGUUUGGAUGAACUCUUCCCUCCAACAACUACAGUCUUCAUGGUGGGAAACCCUUACUACGGUGCCAUGGGAGAGGUCCAAGACUCUCAAGAUGUCAUCAAAGAGGGCCGGGUCCGGGUAGUGUUCAACGUACCUCAUGAGCCACAGCUGGAACACCUGAUCCACAAUCAGCAUAAAUACUCAGUCAAGUACUGUCCAGGCUACGUCCUGGCCUCUCACCUCGGCAUCAGCAGCUAUCUCGUCUCUCGCUUCUCAGGAAGCAUCUUCAUCGGCAGAGGCUCAAAGAGGAAUCCCUGUGGGGAGCAAAAAGCUAAUGUUGGGCUGAACCUUAAGUUCAACAAGAAGAAUGAGGAGGUUCCUGGGUACACCAAGAGAACCGAGAAGGAGUGGCUUUACUCUGCUGCUGUUGAGGAGCUGCUAGCUGAGUACCUGGACAGAUUUUCUGAAGUUUUUGAUGCAGUGUCCAGAAACAGUCAUGAUGAUGUGUUCUACGAAGACGACAUCUGGCCAGGAGUGGAUCAGAAUGGGGCAGAGAGGGUGGCUGAAAUCACCUCCUGGUUGAAAAGUCAUCCGGUCAGCUCCUCCAGCAGGGCAUCAUGUGACCUCCAGGUUCUGGAUGCUGCCAUUGUGGAGAAGAUUGAGGAAGCCGUGGAAAAAUCCAAGGUGAAGAAAAGCACCAAGAAAGUCCGAGUGACAGUAAAGCCUCAUCUUCUGUUUCGGCCCCUGGAACAGCAGCAGGGUGUGGUUCCAGAUCCAGAAGCUGAGUUUCGUCUGUUUGAUAGAGUCGUCAACAUCAGGGAGAGCUUCACCGUCCCUCUGGGACUCAGAGGGACAAUCAUUGGCAUUAAAGGAGCGGAGCAUGAAGCUGAGGUUCUCUAUGAGGUCCUGUUUGAUGAGGAAUUUGCAGGAGGUCUUAACAUAAGGUGUACAUCUCCUCGUGGGUACCGCCUCCCUCCCUUCGCACUCAUUAACCUCUCCCACGGUACUCGAUUGGACCAUGGCUUCCACAAACUCACCGCUGUUGUCAAACCUCAGCCUGCUACUGGUGGCAACCUCAACUCUCAUCGUCUGGGAGGCCUAAACCACUCUCCUCGUUCACCUUUUGUCCCCACGCAGCAUAACAAGAAUGCUGUGGCUUCCCAGGGUAACAAAACUCCAUCUAAAGGCCCCAACCACAAACCAGCUAAGUUUAAAGACGAGUACAGUAAUGUUUGGCAGUCUCUGCAGCAGAAAACGGGUCCUCCCAACAAACCUCCUGCCCAUUGGCACAAUAAUCAGGUCCCAGCUAGUGGCAUCAGAGUGUUGAAGAAAAAUGAAGAUGUCAACUCCUUUUUCCCCCCAAAGAGCACAGCUGAUAAGGGCACCACUGAAUUUGAGGAACUCAUUGCAAAUUUAAAGAUAGGCAGCCAACAAACGCCACCACCCCCUGCUCCUCCAGCAGAAUCCAGCAACCAACAAGAUGGUCCUUUGUCUCCACAGUCCUUUGCAAUGAAGGGAACGCUAGUUCUUAAGGAGAUGCUGAAGAUUGAUGGAGCUGGAACAGGAAGUCCCACAUCCCAGGAGGCGGUAAACCCUGCUCCCCCUGCUGGCCAGCAGCAGAACAGAAGACGAUCAAAUAAGAAGCUAGCUGCUAAAAUAAACAAUCCACCUGGUGAGUCUGUCACAUCAUCCGCUCCAGCUUUAGCAGCUUCUGCCAACUCUGCUCCGAGCAGCAGGGUGUCUGAGCUGGCCUGUUUCUGCGUGGGCUUGGGCAUGGCCCCUCCUGACUUCAGCUUCAUUCGCAACCGACAAGGUCCGGUAGUCUGUCAGGUGAAGCUGUCCAAUGGACUAACAGUUCACGGACCGCAGUGUCAAUCAGAAAAUGAAGCCAAGGAGAACGCAGCCUUCUUUGCCCUCCAAAGACUGAACUCUCUAGGGUCAGGUUUUCCACUGCCUCCUCAUCUGUAUCCAGGAAUGGCUCCGAUGCAGCGCCCACCGAUGGGAGCCAUGCCUCAAGUCUUCAACCAGCAGGGUGGUUUACUGCUGCCUUCUCAGGGUUACGGCCCCCCUCCUCUUUGGGGAUUGACCCUUCCUCCUCACCAACCACUCAACCAGCCGUUCUAUGGAGCACCAGGAACCUUCCCAGGCGCUGCUCGUCCCCAGCCUGGUACCUCUCUACCCAUUGGGUCCCACAACCAGUUCAUCCCGCUACAGGUGACUAAAAAACGAGCAUCGGCUAACAAAAAGAACCACGAAACCAGAGAGUUUUACAGCGCCGCCCAUACCGUUGCUAAGAACCAAUCCCAAAAGCAGCUCCCUGCCCAGUCGCAACCUCAGAACGAAUCACAGAACCAGAGCCAAUCAGAGGAAGCGAAAAGCAACUCGUCCAAUCCCAGCCCAGCAGUCCAACACACACAUCCCCGAAAGAGCGGGCCGGCAGCAGGCCACACCCCUGGCUCCGCCUCCAAGAGGAGGCACAGGAAGUUGGCUGUUAACUUUGAGGCAGCUAAAGUAACAGAGUGAGCUGAGCUUGUCUCUGUAAAGGUGUGUGUAUGUUUAGAAAAAAGUGCUAAUUUUUAUUUUCUUUAGCCUUGUAUUUUUUUUUU